AUGCACCCGCAUCAACCACCAUUCCAGUAUAGCAAGCCUUACGUACCCUUUGACUGGAAGGAGCUGUACGGGUUAAAUUUGGAAAAUGCGCUUGCCAGAAACGACUUUAGAGUUUUCGGAACUGUCGCGAGUUCUCUAGCAUUUGGCGACAUAGAGACCCCUUUCCGCCAGGGAGGCGUACCUGAGGAUGUUGUAAGACUGGCUUCUGUGCAACAGUAUCUUGCCCAGUAUCUUCUCCACAUGCAGGAUGUCCUGAUGCAUGAAAUAGAUUUGGCUAGAGCUAAUCCACCCCCGUCGCCAGACAUACAGGCGCUACUUGCGGAGCGGGACGCUCUCCGGAAGCAAUUGCGCAUAGAGCGCGCCAAGCGGCAGACAGACGCGAUGAUGCUCCGGCUGGCUUCUGUUAAUCCGGAAACGGUCAAUAUGCUUUUCCGCUGCCACGUGUGUGGAAAGGUCUUUGCAGAUUAUCACUUUCUUGUCUCACAUUACGAGAAGCGGCACGAAGGAAUACAGCCCAUCCAGCCUCCUCCUUUCAAGCCUCCCCCAGCAUCUCAGCAGAAUCAUUGUUGUAAGCUGCACAUGCUACCCCAGGCUGUGGUGGAAGCACAGCCUUCUCAGCAGCCCCAGCCAGCUCAGCAGGCCGCACGGUCUCUGCAGACAUCACUGGUACCAGAUAACCCCAAACCCGAGGAGCCGCCUAGUGAUAUCUUCGCAGACUACAUUUCUGACGUUGCAUAA